UAUCUCAAACUCCGCCAUGUUUUGAGAUUUUGCGGAGAGGUGUGUUGGUUGGGUUACGGAGAGGGUAGCAACAUUUUACAUACGCUUUUCUUCUGGAAAAUGCACACCUCUCAAUUAAUUUUAUCUAUUUAUAUACAUUUUAUCGUCCAUAAGACUGUUAGGUCGCAGUAACGUUACAUCAAAUGACAACGGUCCCACAGCUCACUUGUGGUUAGCUAUCGUUUGAAGAAGAUUAGAAGGGGCUUGCUCCCUACAAAUUCUUUCGUCUCCUGCUUUCGGAAUGUUUUCCAAAAAGCCUCAUGGGGACGUCAAAAAAUCUACACAGAAAGUGUUGGAUCCAAAAAAAGAUGUCCUGACACGUCUGAAACACUUGCGGAUUGUUAGUGAAAAUGCUGAGUCGGGGGAUCUGAAGCACUUCUUUGACCAGUACUACUCUCACAUCUACUAUGUGUUCUUUGAGAACUUUGUCACCAUUGAAGUCAGUCUCAAACAAAAAGGUCACAAAUCGCAAAGGGAAGAACUUGACUCCAUUCUAUUCAUAUUUGAGAAGAUUCUGCAACUCCUACCAGAGCGAAUACACGGACGAUGGCAGUUCCACAGUAUAGGCCUCAUCCUAAAGAAGCUGUUGCACACUGGGAACUCUUUAAAGAUCCGAAGGGAGGGUGUGCGUCUGUUCCUGUUAUGGAUGCAGGCCCUGCAGGGUAACGCACUGAGAGAGCAGCUAUGGAUAUUUGCCUGUCUGAUCCCAGGCUUCCCAUCCCCUCAGUCAGAGCUGGGACCCCGUACCCUGGACAACCUGGUGAACCCUCCUCUCAGCCUUCAGGAGACUCAAGUGACUCCAGAAGAGAUCAGUCCCCUGGUUCCUCCACAGUCAGGGGAUAAGGGCCAGGAAGACCUCACAGGAUACUUUCUGGAGGCUCUUCUGAAAUACAUGGUAAACCAGGCCAAAAGUCUGGAGUGGAAGUGCAAAGAUAACCACGAGAAGGGCUUCGCAUUCCUGUUUGGAAACUUCAAGAAAUAUUACCUGCCGCACAUAUUCCCCAACUUUUCCAAGGAGACCAGUUUGUACCAUCCCAUACUGGAGGUUCCAUCAAUGAGACCAAAGCCUUACUACAGUGUGGUGAAGAAAGACCCAGAGACCAACGAGGCAGUGUACUGUACCAAGGAGAGCCUCCUCAACGCCCGGGUCAUCUUCAUCCGCUGGCUGGUGUCCUUCUGGCUGGAGCCACGCUCCAACACUGGAACACACAUCCCCGGGGUGGACGGAGAGAGGGAGAGCGUGCCAAAGAACAUACAGAGGGCAGCAGCUGGGCUGGCAGGGCGGGGACAUGGGCUGGGGGAUGACUUGGGCCCCAGGGCAGACAGCCUGGAUGGAGGGAUAGGUUGUGAGAAGGAGCAGUCCCACUCCAACACCUCCACCCUGACAGAGAGGGAGCCCAGCUCCUCCAGCCUGUGUAGUAUGGACGAGGAGCACCUCACUGACAUGGAGGUUGUGAGAAGAGUCCUCUGUUCCUCCAGGACCAAUGUCAACUUCAUCACUGAGAUUUUCCGACAGGCCUUCCUGUUGCCAAUGUGUGAGGCUGCAGCCAUGAGGAAGGUGGUGCGUGUGUACCAGGAGUGGUUUGCCCAGGAGGACAAACCUUUGUUUAUGAAGGAGCCGGAGGAGGAGAGGAUAUUUUCCACCGCCGGAGAGGUUAACCUGGAGCCUGUACCCCAGCAGGGCCCAGAGAAGGAAGAGAGGGUGAAUAAAGUGUCUGAGAAAGAACUGCUGGAGUACAGUGUGCAUGCAGGUGUUCAGCCCACUCUUCAGGUGUUUGUCACCAACUCGGCCAAUGUGUUUCUGCUGGAACCAGCCAACGAGCUGAAGAUGCUGCUAGAGGAACAUGUAGACAUGUGCAAGAGAGUCCUUAACAUCUACCGCAGCCUGGUCAUGCAUGAAACCAUGGACCAGAAGACAUGGGAGCAGAUCCUGCUGGUCCUGCUGAGGGUAACCGAAUGUGUGAUGAAGAGACCUCCCUCAAUCAUGCCCCACGGCAAGAAGAACAUGACCCUCUCAGGGAGACUGGCCGGGGCAGUCUUUCAGACCCUGAUAGUGGCGUGGAUCAAGGGGAACCUGAACGUGUACAUCUCCAGGGAGCUGUGGGACGACCUGCUGGCCGUGCUGUCCUCGCUCACCUGCUGGGAGGAGCUGGUCACAGAGUGGUCCCUCACCAUGGAGACACUCACCAAGGUUCUGGCCCGCAACCUGUACAGUCUGGACCUCAACGAGCUGCCGCUGGACAAGCUGAGCGAACAGAAACAGAAGAAACACAAAGGGAAAGGGGGUGCUCACGAGGGCCAGAAAAUGGCUGUGGACCGUUCGUUCUCUAAGGGCUGGAGCAGGGACCAGCCUGGGAGUGGGAGCGGCCAGGCAGCAGCCAUGAGGCAGCGCAGUGCCACCACCGCUGGCUCUCCGGGCAUGGAGAAGGCCAGGAACACCAUACGCCAGAAAACUGGGGCCCUGCGUAGCUGCUCUACGGGCGACAGCCUCCUGUCCCAAGCCUUUAUCCGCAGUGCUAAAAGUGCCCCUGUCCUCGUCCAUCACCACCACACUCUCCUGCCUGACUCUGUCCUCACUCCCCUAGCUGACAAGCUGGCAGACAUGGACGCCCCGAUGGCCUCUCGGACCCCCAGGAUCCGCCACUGCUCCCAGAGCGAGGAUACCCCGGCCUCAGAGUUGUUUUCGGCGUCUUGCGACCUGGACCCCCAGGGGUCCACGCUCCCCCGUAGCAGCAGCGCCUCCGACAUCAUGGAGCCCUUCAUCGCCGAGAGGGUCAAAGGUGCACUUCCUGUCCCUGACAGUCCCCCCUCUCACCCCACCACUGCUGUCUCUGUCCCCCACCACCACGCCCUGCACCCCCCCAAACCCCCCACUACCCUAGGUAGCAGCGUGGCCUCUCUGGAGGUGGGGGAUAGCAUCUAUGACCACCUGUGGCAGAUGAUAGGCCCCCGCCCCCUUGCCCCUGACUGGACGUGUGGUGGAACCUCCUUCUCCUCUACCCUCACCCAGUCCUCUGAGAGAGAGGAGGAGGGGGAGACUGAGGGGGAGGAGGACCUGCUUAGCUCUCUCAGGGAGUAUCUGAUGCAAAGAAGCCUGGAGGAGGGAGGUGGAGGGGGGGAGAGGAGGGCCCCUAGUGAGGAAGGUAGGACUGUGGAAGGUAGCACUGUGGCUGUGACGGUACAGUCAGGGUCACAGCAGGUCAGGAAACAGGUCCAGGUAAGGCAGCAGAGCAGCUUGGACUCAGCAGAGGAGGACAGUGCAGAGGCAGAGCAGCAGCCUCCUGAGAGGAGCAUUUAUGAGUGUCUGGAGCAGCGUGAUGACUGGGAGCUGGCCAGCAGGGGGUGCUCUAGUCUAGACCAGCAGGUAACUCCUCAGGGCACAGAGAAUAGGGGAGAGCCCCACUUGGUCAGGCAGGAUGCCACAGAGUGUGAGUAUAAUAACGAGACAGGAGUUUCAUGCCUACAAGCCCCUCAGCCCCGGCAGCAGUCCCAUUCUCUCCACCAUUCCCUCAAGCCCAGGUUGGUCCGGGGCAAGCUCAAAAAGCACCAUGGGGGAGGGGUACACGUCAGUUUCCGGCCCUCCACAGAGUCUGUCCAGUUCCACAACCCUCUAGACUCCAAGGAGGCCCACUGGAGGACCAGGCUGCGCCGCCUCAGCCACUUCAGCAGUCACUCUGUAGGAGUGGGGGGGUCUGGAGGGGCAGGAGUGGGUGGGUCAAAGGGUAAAGAGAGGUCAGGAGGGGAGGGGGUGAGCGGAAACGGGGAGCAGCCUGAUGGGGAGGCCAGUGGAGUGGGGGGUCAUGCGACAGGGCAAGGGCGUGUCCGUCUUGGGCGCUCUGCCCUUCGGCCCCGUGGGACCCGGUCCAGAUCCCAGGAUGCGGAAUCGGGGAUCAGUCCCUCUCGGCAGCAGCAGGGGGCUCUGUUGGGCGGUGUGUAUAAAUCUGUGGUCCAUGCUCUCUCCAAGCCCAAGGCCCACGCCUCCGGCUCAGCGUCUCCCCAGCGGCACAGCAAAGCCCCCGGCGGGGCCACAGAGGCGCCCCUGAGGGACCUGUACACUCAUGUAUUGGGCUAUUUUGGAAGAAAAGCACCAGCCAACAAAGAGGAAACUUGUCAGAAGAUGCGGCCUGUGUCCAGUGACGCAGGCAACAGCAGCCAAAACUUUGGCGACCUGAUGGACGAGUUUAUCCAAGAGCGUCUGCGAGCGGGAGGCACCUCUGGUAUGACCAGGCGUGGCAGCAGCCCCGGUAGUCUGGAGAUCCCUAAGGACCUGCCAGAACUCCUGAACCGUCAGAACUCCACACGACCCGUGGACGACCCCGGCGUGCCCUCUGAGUGGACCUCCCCCGCCAGUGGCAGCAGCAGCGACUUAAUCAGCUCCGACAGCCAAUCGGACUCAUUUAACGCCUUCCAGUAUGCCAACUGCAAGUUUGAAAAUUUCAGCUUUGGUCCAGAUGGCGUUGGUGCGGGGUCGUUGGACCAGGAUAACACUAGCCUGGGAGGAGUACCCCAGACUGCAGAGGAACAGGAGCUGUCCAGCCUCACCACCCUGCACAUUGACUCAGAGACCAGUAGUCUGAGCCAGCUUGGCCUGUCUGCAGAUACCGUCACCAUCACAGGUUCAGAGAGUGCGUCCCCGAUGCAUUCCCUGGGGUGUUCCCGCUCUCAGACCCCAUCCCCAGCCACGCUGACCGCUGAACAUGUAGCUCUGCAGCACAAGGACCUGCAGCUGGAUGAGAAACUACAUCACUCUGUAGUACAGACUCCAGAUGACCUGGAAACCAGUGAGUUCCCUACAGAGGACUCCAGUGUGAUGGCUGGUGGCUCGCUGACCGGUUGGCACGCUGACGUUGCCACGGUGAUGUGGCGGAGAAUGCUAGGCAUUCUGGGAGAUGUGAACACCAUUAAGGACCCAGAGAUCCACGCGCAGGUCUUUGACUACCUCUGUGAGCUGUGGCAGAACCUGGCCAAGAUCAGAGAUAAUCUGGGGAUCUCUCUGGACAACCAGACGUCUCCUCCUCCCCCGGUCCUCAUCCCUCCCCUUCGGAUCCUCACCCCCUGGCUCUUCAAAGCGACCAUGCUGACUGAGAGGUACAAACAGGGAAAGCUGCACGCCUACAAGCUCAUCUGUAAGAUCAUGAAGAGGAGGCAGGACGUAUCGCCCAACUCUGACUUCCUCACACACUUCUACAACAUCAUGCACUGUGGCCUCAUGCAUGUCGACCAGGACAUAGUGAAUACCAUCAUUAAGCACUGUUCUCCUCGGUUCUUCUGCGUCGGCCUUCCCGGGGCCACCAUGCUCAUCCUGGACUUUAUCAUCGCAGCCAGCAGAGUCACAGCCUGCUCUUCGCUCAACGCCCCGCGGGUGGAGGCUCAGAUCCUGCUGGGUUCUCUGGUGUGUUUCCCUAACCUGUAUGAGGAGCUGCCCGCCCUGCACCCCACCACCGCUGACGUGGUCAUGACCAAGUUCAGAGACGUCAAGGAACACAUCAUCAAACACAUCCUGAGUUCAGCAAGAGAUGAGCCUUCAGCCCCAGCCAGGUGUGUGGCCCUGUGCAGUCUGGGUAUCUGGCUGUGUGAGGAGUUGGUCCACGGCACCCAACACACUCAGAUCAAAGAAGCCCUCAACGUCAUCUGUGUCACUCUGAAGUUUCCAAAUAAAACUGUUGCGCUGGUGGCUUCCGACAUUCUGCACUUGCUCAUAAACUAUGUCGAUGACCUUCAGAAAUUCCCCCCAGACACUCCAAAGAAAAUAGUUGAGAUCCUCAUAGCGACCGUAACUCACCUGCUCCCCACCACAGAAUCUUCCCCUCAUGAACUGGACAAGAGGUUGGUGGUGUCUCUGCUGUUGUGCCUCCUGGAUUGGGUGAUGGCCCUGCCUCCUAAGACUCUGCUGCAGCCUGUCCAAACACUCAGCCCUGACAAGGACAAGCCAGACAAGUCUGUCCUUAGCUGUAUCUAUAAGGUGCUGCAUGGCUGUGUGUAUGGGGCCCAGAACUUCAACAGCCCCAGGUAUUUCCCCAUGAACCUGUCAGACCUGACUAGUCCUGACUACGACCCCUUCCUGCUGCUGGAGAGUUUGAAGGAACCAGAGCCCCUCCACUCCCCUGACUCAGAACGCUCCUCCAAACUACAACCGGUCACCGAGGUGCGGAGCCGUAUCCAGCAUGGUCUGAUCUCCAUCGCAGCCAGGACAGUCAUCACCCACCUCGUCAACCACCUUGGCCACUACCCCAUGUCUGGAGGCCCUGCCACCUUGACCAGCCAUGUCUGUGAGAACAUGGACAACCCCUACAGCGAGAGCCCUGACCUGGCCCCAGAGCUCUUCGACGGGCCCAACCUACAGUUCUUUGUCCUGAACGGUACCACCCUCCUGUCCUGUCUCCAGAUCCGGGCUGAGGACGGUGUGCCCGGAGGUGGGAUGUCUGCAGGCCUCACCACGACCAGCGCCUGUGUGAGGGUUAUUGUUAGGGAUAUCUCCGGCAAACACUCGUGGGACUCGGCUGUACUGUACGGCCCGCCUCACUGUGGUGCUCCUAACCAGUCCCUGCACCUCUACAGUAAAAGACCUACAGAGAGAACGAAUACAGAUGGGGAGAAGAACCGAGCAGGGGAGCUUGGAGAGAGGGAAGAGGGGGCUGCACUGGAGGAGGAGGAGGAAGAAGAAGAGGUGGUUGUGGUGCUGGGAGAGGAGGAGCUGGGAGAGGAGGAGCAGGGGGAGGCUGUGGAGGAGGAAGAAGAGGGGGAGGAGGAAGGUGCCUUGGAGCUCAUGGCCCCGCAGGCCAAGCGUGUGUGUCGGGAGGUGGUUCCGUCCUGGGACUCCCUACUAGAAGAUGACGUUCUAGAUGAGAUGCUGCAGUACCUGGGCUACUCCAGCCCUGAGUGUCUGCAGCGUGCCGGUGCCCCCCUCAACAUCCCCGCCCCGCCCCCUGUCUGUGUCUCGGAGAAGCAGGAGAACGACGUGAUCAAUGCCAUCCUGAAGCAGUGUGCUGAGGAGAGGGACUUUGCGGUGCACAGGGGGAAUGGGCUGAACAUGAGGGCUGUGGAGCAGGGGGAGCCGGAGCCCCACAGGCCCCAGUCCGCCUUUUACUACUGCAGGCUGCUACUCAACAUCCUGGGCAUGAACUCCUGGGAGAAGAGGAGCAACUUCCAUCUCCUGAAGAAGAACGAGAAACUGCUUAGAGAGCUGAAGAACCUCGACUCCAGGCAGUGUCGAGAGACUCACAAGAUAGCCGUGUUUUACGUGGCGGAGGGGCAAGAGGACAAGCACUCUAUCCUGUCUAACACCAGUGGUAGUCAGGCCUACGAGGACUUUGUCUCUGGGCUGGGCUGGGAGGUGAAUCUGACCAGUCACUGUGGCUUCAUGGGAGGUCUUCAGAGGAACAAGAGCACGGGUCUGACCACGCCUUACUUCGCCACCUCUACCGUCGAGGUCAUGUUCCACGUCUCCACACGCAUGCCUCCCGACUCUGACGACUCACUCACCAAAAAGCUACGCCAUCUUGGGAAUGACGAGGUGCACAUCGUGUGGUCGGAGCACUCCCGAGACUACAGGAGAGGCAUCAUCCCCACGGAGUUUGGAGACGUCCUCAUCAUCAUCUACCCCAUGAAGAACCACAUGUACAGCAUCCAUAUCCUCAAGAAGCCAGAGGUCCCAUUUUUCGGGCCGCUGUUUGAUGGAGCCAUAGUGGAUGAGAAGAUCCUUCCCACCAUGGUCCGGGCUACAGCCCUCAAUGCCAGCAGGGCUCUAAAAUCCCUCAUCCCCCUCUACCAGAACUUCUAUGAGGAGAGAGCCCGUUACCUGGAGACCAUCGUCCAGCACCACCUGGAGCCAACCACCUUCGAGGACUACGCAGCUAGGGUCUUCUGCCCCGCCCCCUACCACCACCACCUCUCAGACCCCGGCUCAUGCCUCGAGAGUCAGGAGGGAGAAAGUCCAGCAGCAGUGCAGCUAGACGGGGCCGACCAGUUAGCCUCGCCAAUGUCCCCUCGUACUAGCAAGAGCCGCAUGUCCAUGAAGCUCCGACGCUCCUCCGGCUCGGCCAAUAAGACCUGAUCGGACUUUCCCUCCGCUGAUCGUCCUCCAUGCAACGCCCUGCAUGAGGUCACAGCCUUCAGAACAACUGACUGACUCUCUGUACUGUAUAGCUAGGACUGCACUGCAACUACCAGCCUUUACCUGCUAACAGCGCUGCAUCGCAUGUUAUGUACCCCCACUAUAUGGACAUGGACACGCCUGCCCUGCAGGGUCAGAAUCAGCAUCGACCCUACUGCACCACCCUUCCAAGAUGCAGGAUAAGGCCUUCAACAGAGCCAGACCCUCAGGGGCCAGCCCAGGGGCCCCCAGGACUCAGCUUGUGGUAGCAGGGCCUCCAACAGAAUAAACAAGUCCCCUGGGCAAGGUUAGCUAACUAUGCUCACUACCACCUCAAACUUUACACAAAAUAUAAUAUACUUAGAUAUAUAAAAGAAGCAGCAUCGGUUUGGUUUUGUACAGAAAGCAUAAAGGCAACAUGAGAGAUGUGUGUUCAUUGUAAGUAGCAUUGUUGAUGGUUGAAAUCACUUGAUAUUAGACUGAGAUGAUGAACUAUAGUGUGGUCUUUCUCUGCUGUUGUAGCUGAGCAGAGUGGCUAAUAUCCUGUCCCCCCUGCUCUCUGGGCACCUGACUCUGCACCCACUAGGAAAGGGAUUGUAAGAGUUUGUAAGAAAGAACAAAGAAACACAAAGUAAGAAAAGCUAAUUUGUCAUAUUUGGUCACUGUGUCCACCGUGAGACAAAUUUAUAUAUAUAUUUGUACUAUAUUCUGUAUAUACAGGAGUUGUCACUUUCUUUAUGCUUGGACUGAAGCAAUGUCAGCCAGUGUUCAAAGAUGAGAUCAACGUUUUGAAGUUGGAAAAGUUUGUUUCUAGAAUUCUGAGAUGGAAAUUGUUUGGUUAAAGUGAAGCACUUACAUUUUGGUUUUGGUUUUCACGCUAAACGUGCGACUGAGUUUGACUUUCUGAGUUCACACUACUGUUGUUCUUUUGAGGGUCACAUGUAUUUUUUUUUUAUCGAGAUUGUAAAAUUGUUUUUCACCUGAUAAAGAAUGUUACUGAUUUAGUUUUGUUCAUAUACAAUGUGUUGUAUUGAACCAGCCCUUUUUUCACUUAUGAUGACUAUAUUAUAUAUAUGAGAAUACAUAUUUAAGGUGUAUAGUGUUGAGGACCAUACCUGGUCUGUGUACAGAUUUGAAUAUAGCUGCCAAAAAAAAAUCUAGACGUCUAUUAACUUUAAGAUACGUAGACCAACGGUUGGAUGUUUGAUCAGAUCUUCUGCUUGUGUUUCAUAUAAGAGGUCUUUUGCCUCGGACGUCAUCACAAAGCUUGCCUGCUGAAGUUGGCCAAUACAACACUGUACUGUAGCUUUGUCCACAGCUAGAAAAAGCUCAUUGCUGUUAAGGUUUGUGUGUCUGUCUGUGCAACAACACAAAUGAAAGAGGACCAUCUCCUAUGAUAUGGAGACAUUCCCUCCUGUAAAGUAUUGGUAUUAACACAGUAUGUACUGUAUAGGAGCUUAAACAACCAUAUACCGUUUCUUCACUGUCCAGCUCUCCAAUAAUCACCUAAAUUAAAUCUAGACAGUCAGGAAUUAUCGAAACAAUUAGCAAGACGGUUGUCUAUUUUUUGCAAAUUUGGACUUCGAGGGAAUAUAAACCAUUUUCAGUGUGGCCCUCUGGACCUCGUUGAAGACCGAAUGCCGUCCCUGGGGCAAAAUGAGUUUGACACCACUGUUAUUUAUUUGGGUUCUUCUGAAACUCCAGCUAGGGUCUUUGCAGGUGGGCUUCAGAGCAAGCUAAUGUGCUAUUUGUCGUGAACACUUCUCUACUGUCCCCUUCAUGUAUUGUAGCAGGUCUUCAUCGUGGUCUUCCACCCUGGACUGCUUCUCCAACAACACCUGUACCUGGGUCGUUCUUGAGUUCCGAUGGCGUUUUGGGGGGGGGAUCAUUUUUUAUAUUUUUUAUUUACAUGUAUUUGGGUACAUCUUCCUGUCUAAAUCAGCUAAUAUGGCAGCUUAAUGACUUUAAAUCAUGUUUACCAUUAUGAUAGCAUUGUGCCACCUGAGACAUUUUAGAUUGAGGAUUUUCUUGUAAAGUCAUUAAAAAUAUAAAUAAUUUACUAAAGUGAUAUGAUUACUAAUUUUGCUCACAAUGUAAUUUCCCUUCAUUUAAAUUGAGUAACACCUGUUGGAUUUAAACACCAAAUGAUCAAUGAAAUCCUCAAAUGUAUGACGUACUUAAAGGGUGUGAUUAGCUAAACAUUUUCUUUAAUACAGACCCCUCCCUGAUAAGUUUGCCACUGGAGGGAAUGCUCAAGGUCGUUGUAUAUCUUUGCAAUGAGUGAUUUUCAAGGCGGUAACACCAAUGACAUAAAACUGAUGGACAGUUUCUUUUUAAAUAGCCUGUUUUUAUUGGUCUAUACCCGGGAUGGGCAACUCCAGUCCUCGGGGGCCUGAUUGGUGUCACACUUUUGCCCCCACCCCUAACUCCAUUAAUCAAAGAAUCAUGAUCUUCAGUUUAGAAUGCAAUUAGUUUAAUCAGAUGUUAGAUAUAGUGAUGGGGGAAAGUGUGACAGCACUCCAGCCCCCGAGGACUGGAGUUGCCUAUCCCUGAUCUAUACAAUCUAUUAAAUACUUUUGUUCACUAUCUAGUAUUCAAAAUAAUCGAUCACUAAAUCCCCAAAACAUGUCAAUACAACUCUACAUCACUACUGGAAAAAGCCCAUUUGCUUAUCCUUAGUACUUUAAACAAUGCAUAAACAUAACGUUUUGCAGUAUAAAGGACUUACAUUAUGUUUUAGUAUUGAUAAACUGUUCCCUAUAAACAAAAACAUGUAUGAUGUGUAACUUUUUGUCAUUUUAAAGUGUGUUUCGUGGUUGCGAAGGCAAGGGAGGCAAAUCCCACUGCAAUUCAAGAACGACCCACCCCUUUGUCACUCCAGUUGCCAACUGUGUCCAACUUUAUGACACACUAACAGCGCAAACACUGCAUUUUUAUCUUUGAAUUCUGCUAUUAUUUUUUGUUAUACUUCAUCGUUAUUUGCUUUCAGCUAUAGGUUCUCUGCUAGAGAGGAAAGGGAUUGUAAAUACCUUUUUUGGACCUUUUUGGUUGUAAUAUCUUUUAAAAACUGCUGCCAUGUCUAAGGUCAAAUCCAUGUUAUUUUUGUGUUACGUUUGAAUAUAUGAGCUUGAAGUCCGUUCCGAUAGUUAUUAUUAUUAUAAGAUGACCAAGGAUGAGAACUAAAAACUUGCCAGAGAGAGUGAGGAAAUCAUGCUGCAUCCUUACUUAAAGCUGAGGAGAUUGGAUAAGAUUGGUUUGCUCUCUCCCUACACUCAGACGGGACUGAAACGUGUACAUACUGUAAAGUUUUUAAAAAAUGACUUGCUCAUUUAUGGAGUUAUACUGUAUGUUACUACUGACCAAAUACUGCAUGAUGCCAGUAAGCCUACUAACUGCAUGUGUUGGUAUAACAUCUACACACACACACGCGCGCACACACAAUCACACAAAAUGAAAUGGUAUUGGCAUACUUGUAUCUAUACGUUUGUAAUGGCUGUCCAGAAAGAGAGUGGGUGUGCAAUGGAAUUUGACAAUAAAAAGUAUUCUUACCA